AUGGAUCUGACGGCCAGGAGCGUGCCGCGCUGCCUCUCCGCGUGGGCUCCGUGGGCGGGCCGCGUGGGCUCCGCCGGCCAGGCCACGGGCGGGCCGUUGGCAGAGCCGCGAGGGUUCUACUUGAUGAGCUGCAUCAAGGAUGUUCCCACCCUUAGAGGGGAUAACUACACAGAAUGGAGGAAGAAGGUGGAUUUCGCCUUCGUCUCUGCUGAGGUGAACUGGGUGGUUGAUACACCGCAACCCAUAAAGCCUGUUGACCCUGGCAGAGCUGACACGGAUACUGAUGAUGCAUGGGAUAAAAAGAAAAGGGACCAUGCUCCUGUGGAGAUGUCCUACACCCUAGAGAACAGAAAGUGGCAGACUGCCAACAAAAAUUGCAUGUCAUUUAUAAAGAAUACAAUUGAGAACACCAUCGUGGGCUCAAUUGCAGAGUGUGCUUCCGUUGGGGAGUACUUAGAAAAGAUAAAGAGCCAGUUCACUGGUUCUUCAAAGACAUAUGCAACCCAGCUGUUGAAGCAGCUGGUGACAGAAAAGUAUAGUGGAGGUGCACAUGGCAUCAGGGAGCACAUCCUCGGGAUGAGCAACCUGGCUGCAAAGCUGAAGCCCAUGGAUGCUGACCUGGAGCUGAAGCCUGCACUUCUGGUUCACUUGGUGAUGGCCUCAUUGCCACAAUAG